AUGACGUCUAAGAAGGGAACAACGUCCAUAAUUACCCAAAGUCCAUCUCAAGGAUACUCACUACUGAACUUCUAUUCGGCUUUCCUCCUUGGCACUUUCAUUCUUACCAUUUGGCAUUACGGAAUCCCUUCACAACUAAUAUCUCCUACAAACUUCGAAUUGAAUAAUCUAGCUCCAUCUCUCGCCAAAACAGGUUGGCAAUGGAAAAAUGUCGAACCAAGCGAAUCCCUCAUCUGGCAUACUUGCUACUCGACUUUCCAAUGUGCUCGUCUUUCCCUACCACUAGACUGGCUUAACACAUCUAACCCUUCCCGAAUUUCCCUUGCAAUCAUCAAGAUCCCCGCCACAGAUCUAACCAACUAUCUUGGACCCGUCUUCACCAAUCCCGGGGGACCAGGCGGAUCAGGAAUCUUUUCCCUCCGAAGAAAUGGACACAAUCUUCAGAAAAUCGUCGGUAAAAACCACGAUAUCAUAUCUUUCGAUCCGCGAGGUAUAGGGGCCUCAACACCUCUCAUUAAUUGCUGGGGUUCCGCACGACAAAAUUCAAAGAUCUGGAAAUUAAGUGAUGUAGGAGUAGUAGAUUCGCAUCCAGGAAUUCUUAAUGAUGCAUAUGCGAGAGCGAGUGCUCUUUCGAAAACUUGCGAGGAUAAUAUGGAACGGGAAGCGAACGCUAGAGGAGAGGAAUCACUCUUAAAAUUUGUGAGUACGACGAGUGUGGCACGUGAUAUGCUUGAGAUUAUGAGGAAGACGGGGACGGAAAAAUUGAGGUAUUGGGGGUUUAGUUAUGGGACUUUUUUAGGUGGUGUGUUUGCGGCUAUGUAUCCGGAUUUGGUGGAGAGGAUGGUUAGUGAUGGCAACGUAAACUACAAAGAAUGGUCAACAAACACCCACACCUCAUUCCUCCACGACUCCGAAAAAAUCAUGUCAGCAUUCUACCACUACUGCCACCUAUCCGGCCCCACCAUCUGCGCCUUCUACUCCUCCGCCCCCUCUCAAAUCUCCACUCGUCUAGCCACUCUCCUCUCCAACCUAAAAACCCAUCCAAUCCUCGUCCCCCCACAAGAUCCCUCCUCUCUCCCAGAACUAAUAACCUACUCCUCCCUUAAACGUCUCAUCUCCGCCUCUCUCUACCGUCCCAUCCUCCUCUUCCCCUCUCUCGCCACCGUCCUUCAAGCCCUCGAAACCGGAAACGGCAUCCCCUUCAUAGACCUCACCUCCACCUACGGCAUGCGCGAAAUCUUCACCUGUGAUUGUCCCCAUGAUUCCUGCAGCGAUCUCCCCUCUCCCAUCGAUGACGACGAUGAAGAUCUCGAAGCCACCGCCGACGCAAGCGCAGCUAUAAUGUGUACCGAUGGUGGUCCUCUUCCCCAUAGUCUCUCAACCUUCCAAACCUACGCCACAUAUCUCAUUGCUUCCGCUCCCGCCGCCGGCGCCGUAGGCGUCGAUUUCAAACUCAGCUGUGUAGGUCGAACCAUCCCCGCUAAAUGGCGAUUUACAGGCCCCUUUGAGGGAAAUACAUCGCAUCCGAUAUUGUAUAUUGCGAACGCGGCGGAUAAUGUGACGCCAUUGGUUAGUGCGAGGAGGAAUGCGGAGGGCUUUGUGGGAGCGAGGGUUUUGGUGCAGGAUUCGUAUGGGCAUACGAGUUUGAGUGCAGGGUCGGGGUGUACGGCGGGGGUGGUGAGGGAGUAUUUUCAAAGUGGCAGAUUGCCGGAGGUGGGGAUGGUGUGUAAGGUUGAGAGAGUGCCUUUUGGGGGUGGGGAGAUGGGGGGAGUAGAAGGGUUUGGGGAGAGUAGGGGUGUAAAGGGUGAAGAGGGAGAAGACGUAGAAGACGGAGAAGAGGAAAUAGAUAGAGAGCUUAGAGAAGCAGCGUGGGAAUUAAUGAUCAGUGCGGAUAUGAGACUUGGAAGGGGAGGAAUAUGGUGA